AUGAAUCCAUACGUAGGCAACCCAACCGAGCAUGGAACAAGAACCUGGGCAAAGCUACAAUGGGACUCAACAUCGCUUGACCGACCGAGUGACCGUGCCAUGGUUGAGGAAGCCAUCGAGCUUAUGCUUGACGCAAACCAGGCUGGGAAAGAUCCCUUGGCACGACGGAUGGUUGCCCUUCUCCAUUGCUUCUUGGAUAUCGAGGCGGCCGCUCUCCAGUCUUAG